AUGGCCAACAAUAUCAGCAACAACAACUCUACUGACGACAAAGCCUCCUACACCCACAACUCGCCCAACCCAAACAACAACGCUCCCUUCGGCCAUCAGCUCGUCUCGCCACCGACCAUCCAGCUCACGAACGAACAAUAUGAGCGCAUGUUCUUCCAGCCCGGCGGGCCCAACCGCAAGCACGACCUAAGCGCGCAGUUUGGCAAUCCGACGCCGUUGGCGGUGAUCAGCUUCUUGAUGUGCAUCUCGCCGACGUCGUGCUUCCUCCUGGGUUUCGAUUUGACGACGGGGACGUCGCCGGUGGCGCUGAUCGGGGUGUAUUAUCUGUUUGGCGGGUUGGGGUUGUUUAUCAGUGGGAUUUUGGAAUGGAUCCUCGGGAACACAUUCCCUUUCGUCGUGUUCUGCUGUUUUGGCGGUUUCUGGUUCAACUUCGGCGUACUUAACGACCCGGCCCACAUGAUCCUCGGUGCUUUCGCCAACGGUGGCAACUCCGCCGACUUCAACGAGGGACUCACGUUCUACUGGAUAUUCUGGUCGGUCUUGGUGUCUUUUUUCUUCGUAGGCUCGUUGAGGACGAAUGCGUGCUUCGCUUGGAUCUUCGCCAACCUGUUCUUCAACUUCGCAUUCCUGGCCGCUGCGUACGAUAAGCUCGGACAUGGGAACACGGACAUGGGCAACACCUACCUCAAAGUCGCCGGCGCCUUCGGACUCAGCACAGCUGCGGUAGCCUGGUACCUCGCCUUCGGACUCCUCAUGUCCGCCGUGAAAAUGCCGUUCACCGUCCCCUUCGGAGAUCUCACGAUGCUGCUCGCGAGUCAGCAGGAAAAGGAGGCGAUCUUGGCCGCGAAGAACCGGUCACGGUAG